GCUGGGGUCGGUGUGGGGCGGGCUGAAGCAGGGUAGACUAAAGGGAAUAAAAGCCUCAGCUGGAGGCGGUAUUCGCGUCUCUCCGAACACGUCUUUUGUCUAGCUUUCAUCCACUGUAGGUCGAGUCCCCACCGAGUCCACCAUGGCUGGGUUCCUGCGCGCCCUGCUGCUCCUGCUGGCCGCCUUGGUCCUGGCCCUAUCAGUGAGCUCUGCAGCCGGCGCGAGCCCCGGCAGGCCUCUCAUGCCUGGCGGUCUGGCAGAGGCAGACGUCAACGAAGAGGGCGUGCAGCAAGCGCUGAACUUCGCCCUGAACGAGUACAACAAAGCGAGCAACGACGCCUUCCACAGCCGUGCCUUGCGAGUGGUGCGCGCCCGCAAGCAGGUCGUGGCCGGGCUGAACUAUUUCUUGGACGUGGAAAUAGGUCGAACCACAUGUACCAAGUCCCAGCCCAACUUGGCCAGCUGUCCCUUCCAUAUCCAGCCACACCUGAGGAAGAAAGCACUCUGCUCUUUCCAGAUAUACACUGUCCCUUGGUUGGGCAAGACCUCCAUGGUGAAGUCCAGCUGCCAGGACACAUAGAGGAUGUGACGGGCUGGACCACACUAGCUGCCUCUCACUUGCACUCCCCCACCCUGAUGGAGUCCCCUCAGUGUGCUGGUCCCAGACAACAAAUAGAGGCUUCUUGAGAAUUGUUUGAAUAGCUAAGAGGCUCUAACUUGUUUCUCUUAAUUGCUUUCUAGAUGACCUAUCCCUGUUGCAUAUGUUCUGCCCCUAUUUUACACAAUAAAAAAUAACAUCAGCUA